AUGCAUUUCCCAGCGAAUAUCGCCCCGCUCGUGGCACUCUUCUUUCCGAAUUCGCCUUUUCUGCACCCAAAUUCCACCAACACUGCGAUCGAAACGUCUACAGCAAAACCUACAGCAACACUACUAGCGACAUCGGCAAUAUUAUCAGCAACACCAUCAGCAACACUAUCAGCAACACUAUCAGCAACACUAUCAGCAACACCAUCAGCAAUAUCAUCAGUAGCACCGUCCGCAACACCGUCCGCAAAACCGUCCGCAUCAGCAGCUGCAAUAUCAUCAGUAGCACCGUCCGCAACACCGUCCGCAUCAGCAGCUGCACCAGCAGUCAAGCUCCUCCUCUCUACUGCCGGCGCAUUUGCGUCUUCUCUUCGCGCCACCUACCCAGAUCCAGGCCUUGCCCUUUUCGCUGAACCCAUCUGGUGGUGGCAGUCCGGAUCUGCAGUCGACGCGCUCCUGACGUACACUUUUACUACAGGAGACUAUCAAUAUGCAACCCUCCUCUCAAACACCCUCGUUACCGAGGCCACCGGCACAAACGACUUCAUGACCGUCCACGCAACCGGCAAUGACGAUCAGGCAUGGUGGGCACUUGCAGCCCUUACAGCUGCAGAAACGAACCUGGCCCCCACCGGCCCGGUACCGUGGGCGAACCUUGCGCAAAACGUCUUCCAGGAGCAAACCACACGAUGGGACAAAGACAAGUGCAACGGCGGCAUGAAAUGGAAGAUCCUCAAAGGCGACGGCACAGACGGAUGGCACUACAAGUCCUCCAUUGCAAACGGACUCUUCUUCCAAAUGGCCGCUCGCCUCGCCCUUCUCACUUCCGCCGCCGACACCCAAGCCUGGGCGGAGAAGAGCUACGACUGGACCGUCAGCGUCGGACUCAUCAGCCCGGAAUUCAACGUCUACGACGGCACGGACGACGCGAAAGGCGAGAAUGGCUGCGUGGAUGUCAACCACGACAUGUGGAGCUACAACGUCGGCGUGUUCAUGUACGGGUCCGCCGUCAUGGCGAAGCUCACAGGCGACGAGAAGUGGACGGAGAGAACCAAGGGGUUCAUCGCUAGCGCGAAGAGGAACUUUGUCAGCGAGGAGACUGGGGAGUUGUGGGAGGCCAAGUGCGAGGGAGACGCGAGCUGUGAUUCGGACCAGGUUAGCUUCAAGGGCACGUUGGCUAGGUGGCUGGGUGCUACGGCGCACUUGCUGCCGGAGCUGCGGGAUAGCGUGCAGGAAGUCGUGGGCGCUGCGUCGAGCAUGGCCACUGCAGGGACGACCGAGGGGUUGGGGGCUAUCGCGUCGUUCAACCAGCUUGAGGCUGUGGAUGCUGGGCUGAGACUUCAGGGUGUGGGUGGGAAGGAGGGAACGAUUGGAGCGAGGGGUCUGAGGAGCAUUGCUGGGAGAGUCAGGUGGGAAAGAUAA